AAUCAAAUUUCAAAUGACCUACUCGAAAGCACUUAAAUUUGGGUUUCAUACGAUUUGAGCGCAUUACCAGUCAGAAUGAGGAAGCGACAGAUUGACACACUUAAAAUUUUUAAUUUGAAUGUCCAGGAAGUUGUUGAAAACGAGGAAUAUUUAGUUAACUUUGACUCGGGUGGACGCGAGAUUGCCAUCAACAUCAUUUUAGGACCAGGAUUUCCUAACGAAAAGCCAACGUUGAUCGUUAGUCCAAUACUGAAUCACCCGUGGGUAAACGCCACCACUGGUGUUAUAGAGAAUGCACCCGGAAUCCUCAAUUAUACUAUUCAUUCAGACCUAGGUCGGGUCGUGCAGGCAAUUGGCCGAGAGUUCGAAAAGCAUCCGCCUUCAGUACUAAAUGAUAGCUCGUCGUGUGCACCACAGCACAAUCGUACUGAAAGUAAUCAGGAAAACUGCACAGACUCUCGAAAUAUUGCUUCUCCAGUCGCAGAGCAGGACUCAUUUGGGCUCUGUGCACUGCAAAUCGAUGAACUUACGCGGCUGAACAACGACGAGGAUUAUCGAGAAGAUUUUAUUGAAAAAAUUAGCUUCGUUCAGAAGCAAAGCAAUGAAAUGAAUUAUUUAAUGAGUCAGAUUGAAACGUUAGCGUCCGAUAACGUUGCUAAAAAACUGCUGAUAGAAGAGCAAAGACAGCGGUUAGAUAAGCUGCUGCUAGAUUUUAAAGAGCUAGGCGAAAGAUACGAUGCAUCGAAUCAAAUGUAUCAACGCAAAGCAGAAGAUUUCUCCCCUCAACAUAUCAAGGAGUUACUUCAAAUUGCGGUGUCCACAGCUGAUGCUAAGAGCGAUGAGGAAGCUCAGAAAUUCCUAGCCGGUGAUACAGACGUAUCCACAUUCCUAAAUAACUUUAUUGAGACACGAAAAAACUUCAACAUUCGAAAAGCGAAAGAGGAACGACUGACGCAGCAGCUGACUGCCUUGGAACGAGCAGCUUUUUGAAAGACAAACCAUUGCGUUAACACCCUCUAAACGAUGGAUAACUAUUAUGUGAUUGUACUAUAAAUCAUUGUUAGGUAUUUGUACUUGAGUUGUUUUCAUAUAAGUAACUGUGUGGAUAUUUAAUAAAAAGGAAUAUUCAG